AAGCUGUAUUCGGGGCGGUGCUGCAGGGCGCGGAGGAACAGUGCCCGGCGCCCGCGCUGAGCCGCCCGCGUCCGUCUCUGCCCUCCCGGGCCUCGGAGAUGCGGCUCCUCCCGCAGCGGCCUUUUAGGAGCCUGGGCGCUUGAUGAGAAGUUAGUCCCACCCCGAAGUCCCGGGGGAGACUGAGGCCCGGUGGAUUCUGGUCGGGGUGUGCUACACCGCAGAGGGAUUCCAGGGACUCAGCCACGUUACAGGCGCCAGCGUCUCCCCAUGGGGUGGCUCUGCUCUGGCCUGCCAUUCCCUGUGACCUGCCUGGCGCUGCUGUGGGCGGCCGGCUGUGGGAGCCUGAAGGUCCUGCAGAAGCCCACCUGCUUCUCAGACUACCUCACCCUCUCCACCUGCGAAUGGCGGCUGGACCAGGCCCUGGACUGCAGCGCAGCGCUCCACCUAUCCUACCAGCUCCUGUCCAACCCAGACCCCUAUGAAGAAAGCCACGUCUGUGUCCCCGAGAACAGUGCCGCCACGGCAUGUGUGUGUGACAUGGGCCUGAGAAACCUGGUCGUCAUGGACACCUACCAGCUGGACCUGUGGGCCGGGAAGAAGCUGCUGUGGAGCUACAACUUCACGCCCAGCCUGCACGUGAAGCCCAGAGCCCCGGUGAACCUCACGUUCAGCACCAACGUCUCCAGCGGGUGGCUGCUGUCGUGGAGCAACCUGUACCCGCCCUGGAACUACCUGCACAACAAGCUCACCUACCAGGUCAACGUUUCCAGCAAGAGCGAGCCGGAGCGCGUCAAAGUUUACAAUGUGACCUACAAGGAGACCACCUUCCACCUCGAAGCCCGAGACCUGACGUCUGGGAUCUCCUACACGGCGCGCGUGCGGGCCCUGGCGCAGCUGGGGGGCAGCAUCUGGAGCGAGUGGAGCCCCGGGGCCACGUGGGAGAACUACUACGAGCAGCCCCUGGAGCAGCGGCUCAAGCUGGGCGUGGUCAUCGCCUGCUUCCUGGUGGUGCUCAUCUGCCUGUCCUGCUACUGCAGCGUCACCAGGAUUAAGAGAGAGUGGUGGGACCAGAUCCCCAACCCAGCCUGCAGCCCCGUGGUGGCCAUUGUCCUUCAGGACCCCCAGGUGUCACCAUGGGAGAAGUGGCCGCGGGGCCAACAGCCCGGGAAACGCCCACACUGGAAGACAUGUCUGACCAAGCUCCUCCCCUGUUUGCUGGAGCAUGGCAUGAAAAAGGAUAAAGACCUCCUGAAGGUGGCCAGAAACAGGCCUUUGCAUGGCCCCAGGAAGUCAACAUGGUGCCCUAUGGAGAUCAGCAAGACAGUCCUCCUGCCAGAGACCAUCAGUGUGGUGCGGUGUGUUGAGCUGUUUGAGGCCCCGGGAAAGGCUGAGGAAGAGGAGGAGGAGGAGGAGGAGGGAGAGGGUACAAAGUACUUCUGCACGUCAGAGGAGAGCAGCGAGGGCGAGGGCAGUUUUGGAGAGGGCAGGGAGGGCAUCGCAGCACGGCUUACCGAGCGCCUGCUCCUGGGCCUGCUGGGCGCCGAGGAGGGGGCCGCCCGCGCCCCGACGCCCCCUGUGCCCAGUGCGGCCCGGGCCCCCGCCUGCACCGCGGAGGCGCUGCUGGUGGAAGACAACCCCGCCUACCGCAGCGUGGGCCCCCUCCUGGGCUGGGCCCAGAGCCCCGGAGAGCCAGCCCCGGAUGCCCCGCGGGCCGCGAGCCUGGGGGAAGGGGACCCCGAGGGCCCUGGUGGCGCCCCGCCCACAGAGCCGCCCAGCUGGGAGCAGCUCCUGCGCCUGCGUGUCCUUCAGCACGGGGCCGCCCCUGCUGGCCCCUGCGCCGGCUACCGGGCGUUCGCGCAGGCGGCCGAGCCUGAGGCUGGAUACACGGCCUCCCCCGGCCCACACCCCGACGGGGCCGCCUGCUCGGGGCUGACAGGGGCCGGGGCCAGCAGCGGGGCAGGGGGCUACAGACCCUUCCAGGACCUCGCGGCCGGGCCCCUCUUCCCCCUUGGCCUGGACGUGGAGCCGCCUCGCAGCCCCGCAGCUGGCCUGGGCCCGGGGGUCACGGAGGACGAGCAGAAGCCCCCGCGGCCCCCACAGCAGGCCGCAGAGCCCGUCGGGGACGACCUGGGCAGCGGCGGCGUCUACUCUGCCCUCACCUGCCACCUGUGUGGCCACCUGAAGCAGUGCCACGGCCAGGAGGAGCCCGGCCAGGCCCAAGUCGCGCCCGGGCCCGGCUGCGGCUGCUGCUGUGGGGACAGGGCCUUGCCCCCAGGGCCGCCCCCUGCCCAGCGCAGCCCCGCGGGCCCCUCCGUCUCCAAGGAGGCCAAGACUGCUGCCCCCAGCGGCGCUCACAGCUCCAGCCAGGCCUGGAAAGGGCCGGGCCUGGGACCCCCGGGGCGCCCGAGCGCGAGGGUUUCCUAGGGACAGGCUUCUCAAGCUGCCGCUCGGCCAGGGGCCCGGGGCUGCCCGGGCCAGCAAGCACCCCCCUCAGGAGGCAGCGUGCGGGCUUCCCGCAGCCCGAGAGGUGAGGACCCGGCCGCAGACGCCCGCCUGCAGGGGCCGAGGGGUGCAGGCAGCUGUGUCCACGGCAGGGCACAGGGACCGCGAGUGGGGAACAGCCCGUCUGACAGCUCUGCCUGCCUCCCAGCACCUGCAGCAGACGCCCUGGCCCGGUCUGUCCACACACCGGUCCUUGCUGGCCUGGGCCUCAGUGUCCCCAUCUUGCCCAAUGGAAGAUGGAGCCCGGAAACUAGCGGCCAGCCGAGGGGGACUCGGGAGGCCUCGGCAGUGGGCAGAGUGGGGUCCCAGAGGCGCCCUCUUUCUCUGCACAGUGAUCUUCAGGCGAUGCUGGAGGCUGUUGGGCUGGGGCUCCCUCCCGGCCACUGAGCACACAGACUCCGCCUCGGGGCUGCUCUCGAUGGGCGCCGCUCCCAGGAUGGUGUCCCCACCUGCCUGUGUUCCCUGGGGAGGGUGGAACAGGACCGGUUUAGAGUUUUAUAUAAUCUCGUUACUUUUUGUUUAUUAAACAAACUUGCUGCCAGGC